UUCUCUUUCUCUCCUCUGUCCCGCAGUACGUGUCCCUCUUGAGGCCGCCGGUGACGGAAAGUUCGGCCCCCGGAGCCGAGCUGAUCGACAAAAUGGAGUGGAAACAGGUGUUCGACCUGCUGUGGAGCGACCCGCAGCCCGCCGACGGCUGUAUCCCCAACAGCCUGCGCGGCGCGGGCACCUACUUCGGGCCGGACGUCACCGACAAGUUCCUGGCCAAGCACCACCUGUCGUACAUCGUGCGCUCGCACGAGUGCAAGCCCGGCGGCUACGAGCUCACGCACGCCGGGAAGGUGGUGACCAUCUUCUCGGCCUCCAACUACUACGAGCUGGGCUCCAACACGGGCGCGUACGUGACGGUGUCCGGGCCGCAGCUCGCGCCGCGCUUCGUGCAGUUCUCGACGGCCAUGCCCAACACCAAGCGGCUCACCUUCCGGCAGCGCGUCGGCCUGGUGGAGAGCUCGGCGCUGCGCGAGCUGCGCACCCAGCUCGUCAUGCACAAGGAGGCGCUCGUCGAGGACCUGCGCCGCCUCGACACGGACAACUCUGGCUACGUGACGCUCUCGCAGUGGAGCCAGGCCCUGGAGGCGAGGACCAACCUAAACCUGCCGUGGCGCAUGCUGUCCCACAAGCUCGUCACGGUGCACCCGAGCACGGGCAAGGUGGAGUGGCAGACCACCUUCCAGGACCAGCUGCCCGGCAGCGGAGGCGGCGGCAGUGGCGGCGGCAAGCGGUCGUCUUCG